CUUCUCAUGCUGUUGAGUUGGAGCGUGCAGCUGCAGUCCUCCCUGUCCAUUUUUUCAAUCCGGACAUCCGUCCGGAUUACCCACACAGUAACCACCAACUGGAGAACUGCCGCACUGUGAGCAUCACACCAUCAGAUCCGCACAACAUGGAGUACUCUAUCCGUGCAGCCAACGUGGAGGACUGCAAGGACAUCGCGCGGAUGAUCUUGGAAUUGGCUGAAUUUGAGAAAGUGUCCCAGCAUGUGAAAGUCACACAGAGAGACUUGGAGCAGGACGGCUUCUCCAAGAACCCAUUCUUCCACGGGAUCAUCGCUGAGGUGCCCGAACAGCAAAAAACCAAAGAAGGUCAUACGAAGAUAGGCUAUGCACUUUACUUCUUUUCCUACAGCUCAUGGUCGGGCAGAGGUGUUUAUAUGGAGGACUUGUACGUGAUGCCAGAGUUCAGAGGGAAGGGCAUUGGUAAAGCACUUAUGAGCAAGGUUGCACAGCUCGGCAUGGCUGCUGGCUGCACCCAGCUCAACUUCACCGUCCUGGACUGGAACAAAUCUUCUCUGGACUUUUACCUCAGCCAGGGCUGCUUUGAUGUCACCACCGACAUGGGUUACCACUGUAUGCGCUGUGAGGGAGAGGCGCUGGAGCACCUGGCCCAACCAUAAGCCAACACUGGGGAUGACCUUUGCAACUCUAUGAGGUCAACCCACACAGAGCAGGGAUAGCGCAGCACUCAGUAGCCCCGUUCCAAAACCUGACAAUGACAAUCGUGAAGCCAGAUUCUUAAAAAAAUGAUUAUUACAAUAACUGACUGCUUGUUAAGCGCUACACCCCCAGUGUUGCUACACCUGUCAAGUUUUCCAUGCUAGCUCAUCAUAUACAGUUAACAAUAAUAACAAUGGCGGAGUUAGCACCUGAAAUUCUUGGUCAUUUUUCAAACAAUGGAUCUUCAAUUUCCCAUAAAGGUAAACAAAAGCAGGCUUCUCAUUUAUAGAUAAUGAUAAUGUAAAUUUUGUCGCCUGAAUAGCAACAGCCGGCAGAUUUUAUUAGCAGUAGUUAGCUAGCAUUAGCUAUUUAGCUGACUGAUGCUAAAGCUAGGCAAGAAGUCAGCAUCCUUAGGGGAGAGCGGGGUGAGUUGAGCCAGUUUUUACUUGAGGUGUCUUUAAAGUGAGGACAUGACAGUGAUGCCUCCAGCUAAAAUAUGUACAUAUAUUUUAGGAUGUGGUGCAUCCCUGGGAAUGAUCAAUUUGGAUCUAAAGGAAUCUGUUUUCAAAAUAUGGCUUUCAAAAACAAAAAGGGGACUCUUGUCUCAACUUGCCCCGUAUGAGGGGAUGAGUUGAGCCACAUGGGGGUCGGGGACAUCAAUGGCAUUUUAUCAUGCACUUUCAAACGCCAGGUCCCAACAUUUAAUUGCACUUACAUAGUGAAACAUUGCAGCUAUGUCUCCUGGUUGUUUCAUAUUGAUGUAUCGUUUUAAAGUCAUCCUGUUGAUCAUCAUGUCCCGUGCCACCUGAUGUAUGGACUUCCCAUUUUUGUACCUCUACCACUGAUCUGUCCAAACCCACAAUAGGAGUUGAAGCCUGUCUGUCUUCCAUUUAUAGAAGCAUGCCAUGAUGGUUUCCAGUCUAAGAUGCAUAAUGUCACAUCAUUUUGAUGAUGCAUGAGAUGGCAAUGUAAAAUUACAGUAAAAUAGCUGGGUAACAUAGCAUAGCAUAACGUUACCCUGCAUAAGAUUUGUCAAACCUGUCUGUAAUUGUUCAGACACAAGAAUCAGGACUCCUUAAACAUAACAAAUCACUUUGAACUGCAAAAAACUGUUUUCUGAUCUUAAAAGUGUUUAUCACCCAUUCCAUGGGCCUCUCUUUAUCACAGGGACAGGGUGAGUAAAAUGGAUGACUCCUCAAAAAUAUGUGGUCACACGACCAAUUUUGUCUAUGGUUGCCGAGAAACAAGGGGUGGCUCAACUUCCCCACAGGCUCAAAUCACCGCGCUCUCCCCUAUCAGCUGAUGAUCCAUGCAGAAGACAUGGAAAUAUAGAGCAGCUUUGUUUUUGUCUUGCAGUGUAGAGCUUGUUAGCCCUAAUAUUAUAGUAUGGUAUUAUAUAAUAAAAUGUAAUUCAAAUGUUAA